UCAGUCAGUUAUCAAUCUGUUUUGCUGGCCAAAAGUACACUCAAAAUGACCUCAGAAAGCAAGAUGGUUCUGCUCUUCCUUAUCGGCUGUCUGAUCAUGCAGACGAUCAACGCUUUGCCCUUCGAUAGAUUCGGUCGGGAUGAGGAUGAUGAAAGGAACAACGAGAUCAGCGGAGAAUGGUUCAGGAAGCCCAUCCUCAGGUUUGAUAGGCUUUUUGGCAGCGGAGAAUCGCCGUCGGAAAGUCGAAAAGAAGUGAUCAGACCCAGCAGAAGUAAUAAGGGUGAAACCACGGAGAGCUCAAAGCACGCCCACUCUAUGAUCACCUCGAUGCUCGGUUUCGUCAGCAGUGUCAUCAACUUUGGCAGAUCCUUCGUUCGGGAUCAGUAAAAUAUAUCCUAGACUAACGCCACUACCUACAAAGUUUAUAAGACAAGUCUCGUGAUUCCAUAUGCCAAAUGUUGUAGCUUUAUGUUAUGUUAAAUAUCCAUGAAUAAAUAUUAAAUAAAUUAAAAAUAUAUAAAAA